CGGCCAGCCUGCGCACGUCUACACUCCCAGAUCCAUCCAGCCUUCCGAAGGACGGGCUUCCUCAAAACCUCCAGCUACCUCAACCAACCCUCACCCAAACCCAACCUCAAAACAUCACCACGGCCCAAGACUGGAUUCGCUCUCCUUCGUCGACAACCAGGAGAUAUUCAAGCCCACAGCAGAUUGCUUCUUUUCAGAAGCUCCCCGUCGUCAAGAUGUCCGCCGACGCAUCCCAGGACCCGCCCAAGAAGAAGGUCAACCUGAUGGAUCCUUCGGGUGCGGAGCAAAAAGAGGAAUCCGACACUGCCACGGCCAUUCUGAAGAAGAAGAAGAAGCCCAACCAGCUGAUGGUUGCUGAUGCGACAAAUGAUGACAACUCAAUCAUUGCUCUCUCCAACAACACCAUGGAGACCCUCCAGCUCUUCCGUGGAGAUACCGUCCUCGUCCGAGGCAAGAAGAGAAAGGACACAGUUCUGAUCGUCCUGGCCGACGACGAGCUCGACGAUGGAAGCGCUCGCCUGAACCGUGUUGUCCGCCACAACCUGCGGGUCAAGCAUGGCGACGUCAUCACCAUUCAUCCUUGCCCCGAUAUCAAAUAUGCCAAACGCAUUGCCGUUCUCCCAAUCGAGGACACCGUCGAGGGCUUGACUGGCUCGUUGUUUGAUGUCUUCCUCGCCCCGUACUUCCGGGAAGCCUACCGUCCUGUCCGCCAAGGCGACAUCUUCCUCGUUCGCGGCGGCAUGCGUCAGGUCGAGUUCAAGGUCGUCGAGGUUGAUCCUCCAGAGUACGGAAUUGUCGCCCAGGAUACCGUGAUCCACUGCGAGGGAGAACCCAUCCAGCGCGACGAGGAGGAGAACAACCUCAACGAGGUGGGAUAUGACGAUAUCGGUGGUUGCCGGAAGCAAAUGGCCCAGAUCCGUGAGAUGGUCGAGCUUCCCCUACGCCAUCCCCAGCUCUUCAAGUCCAUUGGUAUCAAGCCACCAAGGGGUGUGCUCCUCUUCGGGCCGCCCGGUACCGGAAAGACGCUUAUGGCCCGCGCUGUGGCCAACGAGACGGGCGCCUUUUUCUUCCUCAUCAACGGACCCGAGAUCAUGUCCAAGAUGGCGGGUGAAUCUGAGUCGAACCUCCGCAAGGCUUUUGAGGAGGCCGAGAAGAACUCGCCGGCCAUCAUCUUCAUCGACGAGAUUGAUUCCAUCGCCCCCAAGCGUGACAAGACAAACGGCGAGGUGGAGCGCCGCGUCGUGUCGCAGCUGCUGACCCUCAUGGAUGGUAUGAAGGCUCGCUCUAAUGUCGUCGUCAUGGCGGCGACCAACCGGCCUAACUCGAUCGAUCCGGCUCUGCGCCGUUUCGGCCGCUUCGACCGCGAGGUUGAUAUCGGAAUUCCGGACCCGACGGGUCGUCUUGAGAUCCUUCAGAUCCACACCAAGAACAUGAAGCUUGGCGAUGAUGUCGAUCUAGAGCAGAUCGCUGCCGAGACCCACGGUUACGUUGGCUCCGACGUGGCGGCCCUCUGUUCUGAGGCCGCCAUGCAGCAGAUCCGCGAGAAGAUGGAUCUCAUCGACCUGGACGAGGAUACCAUUGACGCCGAGGUUCUCGACUCCCUGGGAGUCACCAUGGAGAACUUCAGGUUCGCCCUCGGCGUUUCCAACCCCUCGGCGCUGCGCGAGGUGGCUGUUGUCGAGGUUCCCAACGUGCGCUGGGAGGACAUUGGUGGUCUGGACGAGGUCAAGCAGGAGCUGAGGGAACAGGUUCAGUACCCAGUCGACCACCCCGAGAAGUUCCUCAAGUUCGGCCUUUCGCCUUCUCGCGGCGUUCUCUUCUACGGACCUCCCGGUACCGGAAAGACUAUGCUUGCCAAGGCUGUUGCCAACGAGUGCGCCGCCAACUUCAUUUCAGUGAAGGGUCCUGAGCUUCUGAGCAUGUGGUUUGGAGAGUCGGAGAGCAACAUCCGCGAUAUCUUCGACAAGGCUCGGGCGGCCGCUCCUUGCAUCGUCUUCCUCGACGAGCUCGACUCGAUCGCCAAAGCCCGAGGAGGAUCGGUUGGUGACGCCGGCGGCGCCUCUGACCGUGUUGUCAAUCAGCUACUCACAGAGAUGGACGGAAUGACGUCGAAGAAGAACGUUUUCGUCAUCGGCGCUACCAACAGGCCCGAGCAGCUGGAUCCCGCGCUGUGCCGUCCUGGACGUCUCGACUCGCUGAUCUACGUGCCUUUGCCGGAUGAGCUUGGCCGCUUGAGCAUCCUCAAGGCCCAGCUCCGCAAGACGCCCGUGGCUGGCGAUGUGAACCUGCAGUUCAUCGCCUCCAAGACGCACGGCUUCUCGGGUGCUGACCUUGGCUUCAUCACCCAGCGUGCCGUCAAGCUCGCCAUCAAGGAGGCGAUCACGGCCGACAUCGCACGCACCAAGGCCCUUGAAGCUGCGGGCGAGGAUGUUGCCAUGGACGAGGACGCCGAGGACCCUGUCCCUGAGUUGACCAAGCGGCACUUCGAGGAAGCCAUGCAGACAGCACGCAAGUCGGUCAGUGAUGUCGAGAUUCGCCGCUACGAGGCGUUCGCCCAGCAGAUGAAGAACGCCGGCCCGGGAGCAUUCUUCAAGUUUCCCGACGGUGAAGGUGCCGGCAACACUGCAGCCACAGGCGGUUCUGGCGAGACAUUCAACGACGGCGGAAACGACGACGGUCUCUACGACUAAAUACGCAAGGCCAUGGAGCGUGGUCUUGGUGGCCCAUAUUUCCGUGGGCACUGUAUUUCUAGGUCUUUCUAAAACCCGGCUGACGUGGCCUGAACAGCAGCGGUCAGAUGUCCGCUCCAGUGGCAGGCACCUGCGUAGGCGCCUACACAUUGGGGAACAGCUGUUUGGUUUUAUAUAAUCCGGAAGCCUUCACGUGGAAACUCGUUGGGGGUUCGCUGGUUUAUUUUUGCUAUUUUUUCCGCUUGCGUCUUGCAUUGGUGGUGAGUGGCUGGCAAAGCUGGUGGCAAGCCUGUCCUGUCUUUCCGACACCAUGGCUUUGUCAAGAGGCACAGGCAGCGAGGAACUAUUUUCGCAAGGCUAACGACGGUCACUUAGUCGUUUUCUGGUGCAAUAAGACGGUCUGGUGAAUGCAUUGCGUUAGGUGAAAUAGAUAGGUAGUCUAAAUGGGUUGGUUCGCCUCGGCUGUGGGGUUUGCUGCUCUCAUGCGGUGCAAGGGUUCCCUUCUAUUUCUCUUUCCCUCCAGCGUUUGACAUAUAUGGCUCCUUGUCUCUUGCGAUGAAGAAGUAGGAAAGACCCAAGGCGGGAGCAGUACUUGAUACCAUCUUCUUCCGUUUCCUCGCUCUUUGUAGUUUACACACCUAGACCGUGAUUGCUCCUGCGCAUUGUUGCCAGGAUAAACCGAUGCCUCGGGGUGAAUUACACUUUCAAAGCAUACCAGUCCAUAACCGGAGCGUAG